UUUUUGUCAUUUUGCUAAUUUUUACCAAAAUAUGCUAUAAUUAUUGGAGUUUCGGAGUUUCAGGAACGUUUUCGGAAACGGAUAUAAAACGAACUCACUUAUAUAAGCUUCUGAAAUGCUUAAAGUUCCAUCUAACUGACAAAUUAUUCAAUUUUAGUCCUGUGAUUAAGCAACAAUGUCUGGAUGCCUUGAGCUGCCAAUUUUUGACAUUUCAAAGCCACUAAGUCAAUCUGCUCUGUGUUCUUUAGCUGAAGCCUGCAAAGAAUGGGGUUUCUUCAACAUCGCAAAUCAUGGAAUCUCUAAACAUCUUUACUCCAAAAUUUACUCAUUAUCACAAGACAUUUUUAGUCUACCUUCUCAGACAAAACUUCAACUUGGUCCGUCUUCUUCUCUCAAGACUUACACUCCUCGGUUCAUCGCUUCCCCUUUCUUCGAAAGCCUUCGAGUCUCUGGGCCGGACUUUCUUGCUUCUGCUCAGAAUUCUGCCGACGCCCUUUUCGCCAAUCAGAAUUCUGAAUUCAGCGAAGUUCUUCAGGAAUACGGAAUCAGAAUGACAGAAUUAUCCAAAAAGAUCAUAGAGAUACUAAUCCUGAGCUUAGGAGACGUGCUCGACAAGAAAGCCAAAUUCUACGAAUCCGAAUUCAGUAACUGCCAUGGCUACUUAAGAAUCAUAAACUACACACCUCCAGAAAUCGUUACCGACACAGUCGAAGGACUCGGAAUGCACACAGACAUGAGCUGCGUAACGAUCGUCUACCAGGACCAAAUCGGCGGGCUUCAGGUGAAAUCUAGAGACGGAAAAUGGAUGGACAUAAAUCCUUGUGAGGAGAGUUUGAUUGUGAACAUCGGAGAUUUGUUACAAGCUUGGAGCAAUGAGAAAUUCCGAUCGUCGGAGCAUCGAGUUGUUUUGAGGAACUCGGUUAAUCGUUUGUCGCUGGCGUUUUUCUGGUGCUUUGAAGAUCGGAAAGUGAUUUCGGCGCCGGAGGAAGUGGUCGGAGAGGGGAAUGUGAGGAUUUAUGAACCGUUUGUUUGUUCGGAUUAUUUGAGAUUUAGAGAGAGUAGUGAGAGAGGGAAGUUUGAAAAAGUUGGGUUCACUGUUAGAGAUUUUGCUGGGUUGAAUCUGUAAUGCCAUGGCUGUAAAACGUUUGAUUAGGUUUUAAUUAAGUUAUUCUUCAUGUAUUUACUGUUCAUAUAUGGUAAUCAUUGUUUAAUCAAUUCAAUUUUAGUUAGAAAUUUUA